CCGGGCCGGGCCGGGCCGGGCCGGGCAGCGCCGCCGGGGCUCGCAGCAGCGCCCGCCCGGGUGCAGCUGCUUGGAAGAUCAAGGGUGACACUCGGACGGGAGAACGGGAAGGGGCCUGCAGGGAGCUCUGCCUGCUCCAGGGUGGGAUUUGGCAGCCCUCAGUCACAGUCUGUCGUUGUGGGCCCCCGUGGGAGCCAGCAGCAGCUUGUGGUGGACCUGUGCUCGUGCCAUCUUAUGGUGGUGCCAGGGCCUCGCUGUGUGCCCAGGCAAGGUGAUGGAGAGCAGGGGGGAGAUGGAGGUGGUGAGGAGCUCCAAGAGCAGUGCUGCUGGGGAGGUCAGUGUCCACGUGGUCACCACCGAGAGCACGGUGCAGAGCACCCACCUGCCCACCACUGCCUUCAUCAUUCCAGCAAACGCCACUGCCAUCAACCUUCCCACGAGCACCUUAGAAAUCCAGCGAUUCCCCCGGGAGCCCCAGAGGAGCACAGGGGCCGAGAGGCCAGACAGGGGAGCAGGGAAUGAGCCCAUCACUGCUGCUGUCAUCCCCCAGAUCAGUGGGGUGCAGACCUGCAGCACAGUCCGUGUGCUGGAGUGGAAAGAUGGGGUGGCAACUUUGCCUGGGAGCAACCUGCGGUUCCGGAUCAAUGAGUACGGCACGCUGAAGGUGGUGAGUGCUGAUAAGCUGCCUCCUGUGGAAGCCGUGAAGGAGGCUCACACAGACAAAGAUGGGGACUCCGAGGUGGCACCCCCCAGCAGAGACAAUCCUACUGUGGCUCAGGACGUGCCGGAGCAGCCCGCGGCAGAGGGGCUGUGCCACUGCGAUACCUGCGGCCGCAGACACGUGUGGGACGGCGCCCGUGAGGGCAGGGGCUUCUGCAGCGAGCACUGCCACCAGCAGUUCAAAGAGAGGUCUGUCAUUGUGGAAAACUCUGCCAGCAGCACCAAUGCCACAGAAAUCCUCAAGCCUGUGAAGAAACGAAAGAGGAAGGACUAUCAGAGCCCCUCAGAGGAAGAAUAUGAGUCUGAGCAAAUGGAGGAAAAGCAGGAAGAGAGGAAAAGCUCAGUGGAAGACUCUGCCAUGAGCAAUGUGGAGGCCGAGGCGUGGAACGGGAGCCAGCACGGUGCCAGUGAGGAGAAGAAAGAAGGCUGGUCUUGGGCGUCCUACUUGGAGGAGCAGAAAGCUGUCGCUGCCCCUUUAGAUCUCUUCCAGGAUUACCAAGUAGCUUCCCAGCACAAGAAUGGCUUUAAAGUGGGGAUGAAGCUGGAGGGGAUCGACCCACAGCACCCAUCCAUGUACUUCAUCCUGACAGUGGCUGAGGUCUGUGGCUACCGGAUGCGUCUCCACUUCGAUGGCUACUCCGAGUGCCACGACUUCUGGCUGAAUGCUGACUCCCCUGACAUCCACCCUGCUGGCUGGUUUGAGGAGACAGGGCACAAACUCCAGCCCCCCAAAGGGGUUGUAGGUUAUAAGGAAGAGGAAUUCAGCUGGACAAACUACCUGAAGUUAACAAAGGCUCAGGCAGCUCCUAAGCACCUCUUCAUGGUCCGAAACACUCACGAGGCUUCUCCAGGCUUCAAGGUGGGCAUGAAGCUCGAGGCCGUGGACCGCAUGAACCCGUCCCUGAUCUGCGUGGCCACAGUGACUGACGUGGUGGACAAUCGCUUCCUGGUGCACUUUGACAACUGGGAUGAUACUUAUGACUACUGGUGUGAUCCCAGCAGUCCAUACAUCCACCCGGUUGGAUGGUGUCAUGAGCACGGCAAACCCCUCACACCUCCUCAAGAUUAUCCUGAUCCUGACAACUUCACUUGGGAAAAGUACUUGAAAGAAACUGGAGCAUCUGCUGUCCCAGCUUGGGCCUUUAAAGUGCGCCCGCCCCACGGCUUCCUGGUCAACAUGAAGCUGGAGGCAGUGGACAGGAGGUCUCCUUCCUUCAUCCGAGUGGCCAGUGUGGAGGACGUGGAAGAUCACAGGAUAAAGCUGCAUUUUGAUGGCUGGAGCCACGUGUAUGAUUUCUGGAUUGAUGCAGAUCAUCCGGACAUCCAUCCCAUGGGCUGGUGCUCAAAAACAGGACACCCACUGCAGCCUCCUCUCAGGCCAAAGGAACCAGCCUCCUCUGCCCAUGGGGGCUGCCCAAGCCUGGGCUGCAAGAGCAUCCCUCACUCCAAGAGCUCCAAGUACAGCUUUCACCACAGGAAGUGCCCCACGCCGGGCUGCGAUGGCUCAGGCCAUGUGACGGGGAGGUUCACAGCCCAUUACUGCCUCUCAGGGUGCCCGCUGGCAGAGAAGAACCAGGGCAGGCUCAAGGCUGACCUGUCUGACACCGAGGCCUCGACGCGCAAGAGGAGCCCCAUGGGUUUCCCUCAGCGAAAGAAAUCUCGGCACCACGGCAGAGGGAGACCUCCAAAGUACCGGAAGAUCCAGCAGGAAGACUUCCAGACUAUUUCCUCAGACAACGUGCACCAGUCUCUCUUCAUGUCCGCCCUGUCCGCUCACCCCGACCGCUCCCUGUCCCUGUGCUGGGAGCAGCACUGCAAGCUGCUGCCCGGGGUGGCUGGCAUCACAGCAGCCACGGUGGCCAAGUGGACCAUUGAUGAGGUUUUUAGCUUUGUGCAGACUCUGACGGGUUGUGAGGACCAAGCCAAGCUCUUCAAGGAUGAGAUGAUCGAUGGCGAAGCGUUCCUCCUGCUGACGCAGGCUGACAUCGUCAAGAUUAUGAGUGUCAAGCUGGGCCCGGCACUCAAGAUCUACAAUGCCAUCCUCAUGUUCAAGAACGCUGAUGACACCUUAAAGUGACUUCUCUUGGCCCAGCUGGGACCCUCCCUCAUCACUGGUGCUGCCAAACUGUCCGCUCAGGACAGAGAUUCCCCAGCCGACUGCAGCUUGUCCCGUCCUGCUCGUGUCCUCCCGGUGCCACACGUCCUGUCCCAGCUCCCUGUCCCAUCCUGUUCCCUGCCCGCUGCCCUUCUGCAGCGCUGGGCCCACCCUCGGGGGCAGGGAGGGAGGGUGGAGGUGGCACUGGCCCAGCUUGGUGCCACAGCUGCCCCACUGUGUCCUGCUGUGGGUCAGGGGUGCUGAGGGCCGGGGGAGCCCUGUGGAGGUGUCACAGCGGGGGCUGGCACCCACUGGAGUCCCCCAGGCAGGGAAGGGACUGCCUGCCUGCAGCCAUGAUCACACCCACUCCAAGGCUGCUCUUGCCUUUGCUCAGCAGCUGAGAGAGAUUUGGGGUUUUCCCUCUGUGUGAUCCUCUGGGGCUACUUGUGCUAACACCGUUUCCAAGGAACAUUCUUGAGGAGCUUCUGCUCAUUUUGCCUUUUUCUCUGAAUUCUUUUGACUUCCCCUUUUUGAGGCCAGUUGAUGACUGCUUUGCCCCUACACUGCACUGCAAACCAGUGGCCACCUCUUGUCCCUUUCGGGGAACAGCUGUCCUGGCAGCUGCUCUGCCCAUGACCAGCGCCUGUGCUUUCUUCCUCUUUCCUGGAAUUCAGCAGCCUCAGGGCCCUGCCAGGUCAGGGCUGGCUGGAUGCAGAAAAGGCUCCACUUCUUGCACCUCAGACUGUUCUGUCCAGCUCUUCUCUGGGUGAAAGGAUGCUUGGAUAACUUGUUCCCCCUCACACCUAUUAAAGAGUCCUCCACAAAGGGAGUUGGGCCCUCUUUGGUCCUUGUAUUAGGAGCAGGGCCCUCUCUAGGGUGGGGACAGGUGCCAAGGACAAAAAGCAUCCAUUGCUCCAAUAGGCAGAUCCAGAGUCGCUUGUGAAGGCAUUCCUGAGUUGACUGAGUCAAUUCUGCCAAGCUGCCUUCUCCCCACUCUUUACCCUCACAAGGCACCUGGGUUUUGCUGCCUGAAGAGCAGGAUCUUCUGCUGUCCCUGGAUCCCUUACCUGCAGAGCUGAAAGAAAUCCAGCACUUAGCUGGUUUGUUUCUGUCCUUUUCAGAACACAGCACCUUUCCAACAGGGCCACAGGCAGUUUGGGAAUGCUCAUGUAGCACUGUCCCUUGUGAUGGAGGAGGGACCAAAGGGCUGCAGAGCCAGAAAAGCCAACAUUGCUGGGUGUCCUGGCAGAGUCCCAGCAGCUUCUGAGAAGCCCCUGUGCCUCCUGGCAGGCCCCACGCUGCUCUCCAUGGUCCAUCACCUGGCACACCUGUGGGAGCUGUUGGAGCAGGGGCUGGCCAUGCAGUGCUGGAGGGUGGCUUAGAUGGCACCUGCCCAGGGCCCAGCCCAGGUCUGCUUCAUUCUCCUUUCCCAACAAUGGCAUUCCAGUAAUGAAACAACUUCCCCCCUUUGCCAGUGCCCAAAGACAGGGAUGCAGAGGUGUGAGCAAGUGCACCAGCAAUGUGUCCUGGAGCUGUGCUGCCUUGGGAGCUGCUGUCACAUCUGGGUCAACCUGUUUGAGGCUUCCCAUGGAAAUGUAGCAUUUUGUCUCUGUUAUUGAAUUUUUGGGGUCAUGUUUGACCUGCUCUUGAAACGUCUGGUGCUUGCUCUUCCCGCAGGACUUGCAACUUGUCCAUGCCUUUGUUUUGUCAUUGCUUGGGUUUGAUUUAGGCAGCUUUCCUUCUCCUUUCCUUUUUUAUGUCCUUGCAUCUUUUCAAGCGCUGCGGUGUGGCCAGCUGUGGAGAGGGGGAGUGGGAAGGAGCAGCUGUGUCCCUGGCCCCAGAGUCACUCCCCCAGCCACCCUUCCUCUGCAGGAAGUGGAGGUUGGUCUUUUCAGCUGAUGGAGAGUCUCUUUGUGGGCAACUGUGUGUGGGGGCAGAAGAAGAGGAGGCCUGGGAUCUUCAGCCCAGGCUGUGAAUGAUGCUGAGACUUUUCCAGGUGGGAUCUGGGAUGAAAAAGCUCCCUCACACUGGACACAGCCCUUGAGCUUGCAAGGACUCAUUUCAGGAAAGCAUCCUAUUCUCAUCUGCUGUAUUCCCAUGUGUGAAGUCAUUCCUCCUGCUGGGGAAGGGACUGAGCACCAUCCCAGGGACAGGAGCUGCUACCCAGGCACCAGAUCUGAAACUGCUGUGAAGGAGGGAGAGCCCCGUCUCUCACAGGGCAGCCUGGGAGAGCAGAGGUGGUGAGGAGCUCAGAAGAUCCUGCUGAGGGGCAGAGGAGCCAUGAGCCAAGCCCUGGCUGCCUCCAGGGCUGGCUACAACCCGCACCACUGGCUCUUGCUCUGCUGCUGGCUGCAGCCAAGCCCUGCUCUGCCUGGCACAGGUGCAUCCCCACGCUGUGCCAGCACAGCACUGCCUGCCCUGGGCUCUCCUCACCUCCCUCUUAGAAACAGACGAGACCUGGGCCGGACUGCCAGGGUGCUGCCCCUCCUCUGGCUGCAGGGCUGGAGCCCGGGGGUGAGCCCUGUGCUGGGAGCAGCUGUCAGGAGCACCAGUCCCACUGAAGGGUGGGGGGAGCUGUGUCACACUCCUGCUGCACUGAGCAUCCUCAGCCUCUCAGGCUGAUGUACCUGUUGGAGUACAGAGCUGCUGGGUUUGUCUGGGUGAGGGAGUUACAGGGUUUGCAGGUGGUCAAGGGCUAUUUACUGUUAAAACUUAUAACCUUCUGUGUCCUUUAAACCAAACCCAAAGCAUUGUGUACCUGUGGAUGGGUGAUUGUGGGAGUACCAUGACGCCAUUCCCCUGCUGUUGGUGUGUUGCUGUUUUAGGGUGGGGGUCUCUGGGGCUGUGGAGGCAGCAGACACCCACCCCAGGGUCUCAUGUGAUGUGUCCUCUGUGAGCAGUUGUCCCUGGUCCCAGCAGGGAGGAAGGUUUGCUGCACCCCUGGCCUUGGUAGGUCCUCCAACCCCACAGAGCAUGGAGGGGGAGUCCCCCCCCAGGGACUGUUAAGGACAGCUGUGACCAAGGCAGAAGCACCAAAGUUUUCUGUCCUUCCCCUGCUGCCUGACCAAAUUCCUCACAGGGACAUUUACUGCCGUGUCACUAAGAAGCCAGAGAGGACAGUGGGCUGUCCUGACCCACAGGUUCUCCUCUGGGGCCUUUCUGAGGGUUGUGACUGCAGCCAGCAUUUCUAAGUCAAUGAAGAAUUCUUCAAGUGGAAUGUUUUUCUGAGUGGAGGUCCCCAAGUCUGUUUCUGCCCCUGCUGCCCCUGCACUGGUGUUGGCAGGGCUCAGCUGAGCCAUGGGGGGUCCCACUGUGCUGCAGCCCCACUGUGGGUGUCUCCUGGGGGCUCACUCUGGCUGCAGGGGAGCAGUUGGAGCCUCUUGGGAAACUUUUCCUCCUCCCAGUGGAAAUGGGCGGCACUGGGACAGUGCAAGCCAAGGUCUCCAUCCAUCCCCAUGAGAGCAGCCAGCCUGGAGCUCAGCAGGGAGGGUGGCUGUGCCUGCCCUCGCCCUCCUCUGCUGCUCUCCAUGGCGAUCACAAGCACUUUCAGAAGAGAAAAGCGCCCUGCAAUGGGCUGGGAGGGCUGGGGGCUUGGGGCAGCUGCCGCCUGCAGGGGCACAUCUGGCCCCUGGGUGUGGUGAGGUUGUUGGGAGAGGGAGCCAGGAGAGGGGUGUGACUUUGCCACUCGGGUUCCUCACUCCUCAUCCGCCAGGAGAGCUCCUCGGUGCAGAGAGGGAAGGACAGGAGGGCUGCAGGCUCCCUUCUUCCAGCCUAGCCCUUCCCUCUGGGGCCUGAGGCUCACUGGUGCUUGGAGGGGGGAAUGGAGACCAUAUUGUGGAGGGAGUGUGAUUAUGAUAACAAAAGCUUUUUUGCACUUUCAUUCAUUUUGCACUCUUUCUUAAUUUCUUUUUUUCUGUGUUUUUGAUAUUGGCGCCUCCUCUCUGUGUUUUCAUAAUGAAAAUCCUUCUGUUGUAGCCAGUGCAGCUAUUCUGGAACUGUGUGUCCUGAAUGUACAGAGAUUUAAAGGCUCUAUAUAUAUAAAUUUAUAGUGGUACAAAGGUAAAUUUAUAUAUAUAGAUGAUGGUGUGAUGUGUUUUGUCAGUGUUUUAAAAUAAUAAACGAAUGUGAGCAACAGAG